AUGGCCGUUGACAACAUUGAAGAUAUUGAGACACCCGCUGCAACAGACCCGACUCUCAACACCGUAGACUUUGGCCUCCAGAUUGGAGUCGAGGAGAUCCUUGUCGACGUUGACCCUGAUGUAUCACUAGAAUUCCUGAAAAAGGCCGAGGCACAUGCUGGGAAACCACCACCGACACGAGUCCCUCGAGAGAUCCUUUUGGAAACUCACAAUAACUAUGUCGAGCAACAGCAAAAAGCCGGCCAGGAGAAGGCCCCGCGGAUGGUAAAGAAGGUUGUUCUGGCGUUGUCUUAUCCUCCAUCAACAAAAGCGAUACAAGACUUGUCGCCAAUGCGGCUGGAUGAAUUGCUUGUUGAGAACCAUCAUGAAGAUAAAUAUCUGGCGGUGAAGACAAUUUCCCUGCCUUAUCGGGGCGCUGGCACAAUCACUGUCGUUGAAGAUGAGCACGGCAACGUGGACAAGAUGGCACUAUACAACCAAGGUGAUUCGAGCGUCUUGCAAUCAAUCCCGGAAGGAACCGUAGUCAUCAUCAAAGAACCCUAUUACAAAUUCAGCGGCGACAACGACUACAUGCUCUGCAUCGACCACCCCUCAGAUAUUGUGCGACUUCGGCAAGGCCCUGAUGAGUCGCUCAUUCCAGAACCCUUUAAAGAACCUGAAGAAUUGAAGGCACCAAAUGAGUGGAGUAAAGCUGGUGAUGAAGCUUUCAUAUCCAAGAACUUGCCAUUGGCGGUUGCAAACUACACGAGGGCUCUCGAAUUAGCACCUUCAAAUGACCAAGCUUUCAAAAUUGGUGUUCUCUCAAAGCGCGCCGGGAUCAAUCUCACACUCAAGUGCUUUGACAACGCACUCUCCGAUGCUCUUGAAUCUAGGGGUGGCUCAUCAGAUUGGAAAGCGUACUUCAUCGCCGCAAAGGCUUCCUACGGACUCACUGAUUUCAAAGCGAGCAAGGGGUAUUUCGAGUCAGCACUGGAACUAAAGCCACCCACAGCAAAUGUUCAGAGGGAAUACGAGCGUUGUCUCGCCCGUCUUGAGGAGGAAGCCGGCAACUACAAUCUCGCCGCAAUGUCAAAGGACGUCACCGCGAAGAACAUCCACAUUGACCGUGCAAGCUUCCUUUCCAGAACAGAGAUCAGAGACUCACCUCACCACGGUCGCGGUCUAUUCGCCACAGAAGACAUCAAAGCUGGCGAACUCGUCUUUGCAGAGAAGGCUACCAGCGUCCCCAACGAAUUCAACCCAGAACACAACUCUGCGGCAGCUUACGCCCAGCUUAUUGAGCUCUGCGCGGAUAACCCUACGGUUCACAAGAAGGUACUUGACCUCUACGGUGGCUCAUACAAACGCUCUGGUCUGGAAGGGACAGAAGUGGAUGGGAAGCCCGUCGUGGAUGUCUUCCUUCUCGAGUCAAUCCGCCGAAAAAACUGUUUCAGCGGCGCUCAGGUCUCCGCGGAGGCUGCGAAUGCAGAAUGGAAUAUGUGGAAGCAGGGCAUGUCGCGCGGCCUCUGGGUGUAUUCUGCCUAUGCCAACCAUGCCUGCCUUCCCAACUGCAACAGGUCCUUUAUAGGAGACAUGCUCCUCGUCAGGGCGACAGUCGAUAUACCCAAAGAAACGGAAAUCACACACAUCUACCUCCCGCCCAAGGCCGCAUACCUUCUUCGCGUGCCGCAAUUUCGCCGAAGUUGGGGAUUCACCUGCAGCUGCGUUCUCUGCGCAGGAGAGGAAAAGUCAUCUAUAGAGCAACACAAGAAGCGAGUCUCUGCGCUUGCAGAGCUCCAAGCUGCUAUGAAAAAGAGGAAUCCCGCUAGGUUUCAGCCCGACGCAACGAUCCGGCAGAUUGAGAAACUCGCGAAUAAGCUCGCUACUCUUCACGAGCCAGAGGUGUAUGACGAGCUAAAUCUACCUAGGCUGAUGCUCGUAUGGCCGACGAUGUGGCUGAUGGAGGCGUGGCAUACGAGAAAGCAGUGGAACAAAGCGAUUAAAUGGGGACACGAGGUGUUCCGCAACUUUGGGUUCGUGGAGCCCGUUCGAGAGGGAAGAUUAUGGAUGUACAAGGAUACACUUGCCGUAACAACGUUCGAAGUCGUGAAGGCACUCAAACUAACGGCACAGGCGUAUGCUGCUCUUGGGCAGGAUGUUCUGUCGCAGGAUUGUUUGGACGCAGCUAGGGUUGGGUUGACGACCAUGGUUGGGUUUGUAACGGACGAGAGUUUCGAGACGUUUAAGUAG